AGGGCUAUUUGUUGCUGCGCCGCCUCCGCUCGAGUCAUGAACCGCGCUCCUCUGUGGCUCUCAGCAGUAACCGCCGCCGUCCGGUGAUCACGGGCUUCACUUCCUUUUCUUCCUGCCGAGCCUCCCGACUCCUAGCACUAUGACUGUCGUUUCUGUCCCGCAGCGGGAGCCGCUCGUCUUGAGCGGCCGUCUUGCGCCGCUUGGCUUUUCUGCCCGCGGUUACUUCGGGGCCCUCCCGAUGGUGACCACAGCUCCGCCGCCUGUACCCCGGAUCCCGGACCCCCGGGCGCUGCCCCCGACUCUCUUCCUCCCUCACUUCUUGGGGGGAGACGGCCCCUGCCUGGUCCCCCAGCCUCGCGCCCCAGCAGCAGCUCUGCCCCACUGCAGUCCAACCGUGGCGGGAGGCGCCCCGCGGGCAGCACCGAAGAAGAGGCGGAAGAAGAAGGUGCGAACCAGCCCGGCGGGGCAGCUUCCCAGUCGCUUCCAUCAGUAUCAGCACUGUGAAUUUUGUGUGCCAAGUCUCAGAGAUAAACUGCUUGUGUUUAGCAGUUCCCACAGUGUUUUAAAAUCAAAGAUGGGAAAAUCGGAGAAAAUUGCCCUUCCCCACGGCCAGCUUGUUCAUGGUAUACACUUGUGUGAACAACCAAAGAUAAACAGACAGAAAAGUAAAUAUAACUUGCCACUAACCAAGAUCACCUCUGCAAAAAAGAAUGAGAAUAACUUUUGGCAGGAUUCUGUUUCGCCUGAUAGAAUUCAGAAGCAGGAAAAAAAGCCUUUUAAAAAUACUGAAAACAUUAAAAAUAUGCAUUUGAAGAAAUCAGCAUUUCUAACUGAAGUGAGCCAAAAGGAAAAUUAUGCUGGGGCAAAGUUCAGUGAUCCGCCUUCUCCUAGUGUUCUUCCAAAGCCUCCUAGUCACUGGAUGGGAAGCAGUGUUGAAAAUUCGGUCCAAAAUAGAGAGCUAAUGGCAGUACACUUAAAAACGCUCCUAAAAGUUCAAACUUAGAUUUCAGUAUGUAUGUAAAACAUAGUUUUUCCCAAAUCCCUGGACUCUUUAAAAGAAAAUUGGUACAGAAAUGGAAAUUUGCCUUUGUACCAUUUGAGUGCAAAAGAUGAGCUUAGAAUACAAACAGCUUGUAUUAUAUUUUAUAUUUUGUAAAUACUGUAUAACAUGUAUUAUGUGUAUAUUGUUCAUAUUUGAGAAGUACAUUAUAGUUUUGUUAUGAAAGUAUGUAUUUUGACCUGCCAACAUGGUAGGUGUUUUGUAUAUAUAGUGGACAAAUUUUAACUGUGCUGAGGCACAUGGAAGACUGAUUGAUUUGCACAAGGUACUAAGAGAUUUUUUUCAAGAAACAGCUGUUAAAGCUCAAAGUGAAGAUCUAAAUGUGAACAGUUUACUAAUGCACUACUGAAGUUUAAGUCUGUGGCACAAUCAUUGUAAACAUGGGGUUUGUCUGUGUUUCUCUAAACUGAUUUCUGCCUUCUAAUUUGUAAUUCCUGGAAAAUUCUUAUUCUCAUUUUUACCAAACUCAAUUUAUGGAUUUUGGUAUGUAGCCAUUUAUUCAAAUUGAAAAAUGCCUCUAAUUUUAAUGCCAACAGAAUUGGUUGUAAUCAAAUUUUAAAGUAAUAAUAAUUUGGCCCUCCCCCUUUUAACUAGUCGUGAUUCUUUGUGUAUGACUGUUUCUUGAUUGAAUGUGACCAAGAGAUGAUUUUAUAUGAUUGGAUUUUAACUUUACAUUUCAUUGGCUUUGUCUUUGGCUUUAUGCGGAUACCAUCCCACAAACUUUAGAAGAUUGAGAUAACUUACUUUCUUUGGUGGGGGGACAAUCUUUUUUAGUUCCUGCAAGCCUUGAACUCGCUAUAAAACCCAGGCUGGCCUCAAAUUGGCAGUGAUCCUUCUGCCUCAACCUUCCAAGUGCUGGGAUUACAGGUGUGCAUCACCAUGCCCAGCUAGAAGAUUGAAUAAUGUAGUUUGGCCUCUGAGAGAAUCCUCCAUCAAAGGCUCCUUAGUUUAUAACUUACAAUUUUUUCUUUUAAAUAGAAGAUCUUGUCCAGACUGUCUUCCCAAUUAGAGAUCCUCCUGCCUCAGCUUUCUGAGUAGAAAAGAUUUUUAUAUGUGAGCCAUUUUAUAAAGUACUAUUUGAUUUACAUGCAUUUUUCAGUGAAAGAAAGUGACACUUUAAGGUGCCAGAAGGAUUGGUGGAAGUUUGAGGCCAGCCUGAACUAUAU